CUCCCUUAGUAACAGCUAUUGAAUAGUAUCUAGGCUAUUUUGCCGGCGUUCUAACUAGAAUUUUCUAUAUUGCGUUGAGGGAAAUAGGUGUGGAAAAGAAACGGUGUGUGCCAUUAUUUCGUGCUUUCAGUUUCUUUUAUUCUGCUUUAUUUUGUACUGUGUAAUUUGCGUGUUUGAUCUCCAAGGAAGUCUGUUACUUGUAAGACAAGACAGAUCAAGUUCAGGACAUGAAGUGAUUGAAUACUGACUUAAAAAAUACAUAGCAUUAAGACCUCAAGAUUAUUCACAUCUGUAGAUAAAAUUGGGUAUAUUCAUACAGAAAUGAGUUUGGAAGUUGAAAAAAUGGAAAGUGAUGACUUUUAUGUACCUGGUCCAGAUGCUAUGGAUAUUUCACCAAAUCAGGAUGGAGGGGUAUUAAAAACUAUUGUUUCUCCCGGUGAAGGUGAUGAAACUCCUUGUAAAGGUGAUAAAGUUUUUGUCCAUUACACAGGUAAACUUAUGGAUGGAACAAAAUUUGAUUCCAGUGUUGAUCGAGGAGAAAUGUUCGAGUUCACUUUGGGAAAAGGUGAGGUAAUCAAAGCUUGGGAUAUUGGCGUAGGUACUAUGAAAAAAGGAGAAAAAUGUACUUUAGUUUGUCAUCCAGAUUAUGCAUAUGGUAAAAAAGGUAGUGCACCAAAAAUUCCAGAAAAUGCAACUCUAGUUUUUGAUAUUGAAUUGAUUAAAUGGCAAAUGGAAGAUUUAAGCCCCAAUAAUGAUAACGGUAUUCUAAGGUCUCUUAUAAAAGAAGGCCAAGGACACUUGACGCCUGGUGAUGGUGCAACUGUAGAAGUUCAUCUUACUGGAAGUUAUGAAGGUAAUGUUUUUGAAGAAAGAGAUGUAAAAUUCGAAAUAGGAGAAGGAAGUGAAGUGGGUGUUGUUGAAGGACUGGACAUUGCAUUAAAAAAAUUUAAAAGGGGUGAGAAAUCAAAGAUUAUUUUAUCUCCAAAAUAUGCAUUUGGACCCAGUGGAAAUUCAGAUUUAAAUGUACCACCAAAUUCUACUGUUGAAUAUGAGGUUACUUUGAAAUCUUUUGAAAAGGAAAAGGAAAGUUGGAAUAUGACAGCAGAAGAGAAACUAGAACAAUCAGAAAUAGUUAAAAAUAAAGGAACUAACUACUUCAAAAAUGGCAAAUAUGAAUUGGCAACAAAACAGUAUAAAAAGAUCAUAAAUUAUCUUCAAUACGAAUCUGAUCUAGAAGGAGAAGCAAAAGAAAAAAAGAAUACUCUUUUAGUUGCUGGUUAUCUUAAUUUAGCUGCUUGCUACUUGAAGCUAGAGAAUCAUCAUCAAGUUAUUGAAAACUGUGACAAAGCUCUAGAAAUAGAAUCAAAAAAUGCUAAAGGACUUUUCAGAAAAGGCCAGGCAUAUUUGGCUUUAAAAGAUUAUGAAGUGGCAAAAGAUAAUUUUGAACGUGUUCUAGAAGUUGAUGCUUCCAAUAAAGCUGCCCAAAAAAAUAUAUAUAUGUGUAAUGAGAGUAUUAAAAAACAGCUUGCAAAAGAAAAGAAAAUGUAUCAAGCAAUAUUUAAGAAAAUGGCUGAAGAAAGUGUGGAGGAACCUGAUUCAAACAGUCAGAAAAAUGAAGCUACUGCUGAAGACUCAAGUAUGCAAGAAAAUGGCCAUGUUGAAAAAAUGGAAACUGAUGAUGAAAAACAAGCUGCUGCAGAGGCAGUUAAAGUUUGAAAAUGUUCUUU